CUCAGGUCAGCAGAGAGGAAGAAUAUUCACUCACUUCACAAGAAUAUGGAAGAAAGUCAGCAGCAGAGGUCUGGUCUUCUGAACGGCACCACAACAAGGAAGAGAGAAGACUAUCUGGAAUGGCCGGAGUACUUCAUGGCUGUGGCCUUUCUGUCUGCUCAGCGGAGCAAAGACCCAAGCUCACAGGUGGGGGCCUGUAUAGUGAACCAGGAGAAUAAAAUAGUUGGUAUUGGUUACAAUGGUAUGCCUAAUGGCUGUGAUGAUGACCUGCUGCCGUGGUCCCGAUCAGCUGACGACCGCCUGGACACUAAGUAUCCUUAUGUGUGCCACGCAGAGCUCAACGCUAUUAUGAACAAGAACAGUGCUGAUGUGAAGGGCUGCACCAUCUAUGUGGCUCUGUUCCCCUGUAACGAGUGUGCCAAGCUCAUCAUCCAGGCAGGUAUUAAAGACGUGGUCUUUCUAUCUGAUAAGUACCAUGACACGCCAGAGAUGACAGCUUCUAGAAGACUGCUCGGCAUGGCAGGAAUACAGUACAGGCAAUUCAAGCCCAAGAGGACUGAGAUUGUCAUUGAUUUUAAUUCCAUUAACCACCCUGGAAUACUGAACGGCAUGACCAAGUGAAAAUGCAAACGGCUCACCUUGGGGAGCGACUAAACGAGGCAGGGGGCACAGGGAGACUGACGAGAUGGAAAGAGACUACCCCUCUUUUCUGUAUGUCUUCUUGCCCCCUGAUUUGUCAAAAGGAAAUUCAAGGAUAUCCUGACUUUGGUGUCUUUUGAUUUUUUGAUUAACUGGGAUAUUCAAGAUGGUUUUAAUUUGAUGCUUCACCCAACGUGGCUGACAGGCCGAGGAUCUUUCUGUGCUGCUUUGACUUUUUUCUUUUUCUUUUAAAAAAAGUAAUAUAAAAGUACCUUUAGUGAUUGAUUUUAAAAUCUUUAGAAUCAGAUCUCAUGGCUGUCUGCUUCUUUUUUCAUUCAAAGAUGGUUCCAGGCUGACAGUCAAAGGGAUAUUCACUUAUUUUGACCUUUCCCAUUCAUCCUGCAGGCUGCCCAUCAGCUCUCUGUAUUGUCCUGUAGAAUACAGGGAGCUGCCCUGUGCUCUAUGAAAGCUAAUUAUCUGUUUUGGACUGUCUGGCUGUCCGUUCCCUGAAAGGUCAGCUCUGUUAAGAUGGUUGGCUAUUGGUUAACAGUGCAGAUGUGUGCUUCAAUUUUCAAUAUUAGUAAGGAUUGACUUUGCUCCUGUGAGGAUAUUCACUGACUGCAGUGAUUCCAACA